CGUGGGCCUGCGUCAGGACGCUGGUGUCCAGCCGUGCGGGGCUGUGGGGGAGGGCAGGCCGAGGAGGAGGAAGGAAAAGAAAGCGAAACACCCGCCGCGCGCCAUUUGGGAUUCGGGUGGCUGCGGCGGAACGCGCUGCCCUGGGCGGCCAGGGCUGGGAGCGGCGCCUGCCCGCGUGAGGGGCGGCCGCGGGCCCCUCUGCCCUCCGUAAACCCUCGCUCGUCCCCCUGGAGCUUUUGGUGGGCUCGUCACGGUGAGCAGCCCCGCCGCUGGUAACGAUGACGCCGCAGGAUGGCACGCAGCGAGGGCGUUAGAGCGUUAGCUGCGAAGGGAGCGCUUUCUUGUUAAAUUUUCGUGUUUUCUUGAAGCGGCAGAGACGAGGGGGGAUCCCAUUUUUACCCUUUGCUUUUUCAGGGUCACAGAAUACUUUUCUCCAGCCACAGUAAAAAUACAGUCCUAGUGACAUGUAGGAUGACUUGCAUUUCUGUGUAUUUGAUUUUUCUUUUUUUUAAGAUAUGAGUACUUUGUAAAUUAGGUUAACUCUAAUAUUAGGGAAUGUUUUAAAAAGCUAACUCCAGCAGUGAUAUUCAGCCAGUUCACACGUCUCCACUGAAAUUUUUGCACUUUUGGUUUUGAAGAGGAUAUUUUUAAAGAAGAUUUAUUAACGUAUGAGGGAGAGAAACACGUCCACUGGUUCGCUCGCUAAAUGGCGGCUGGGGCUGGGCCAGGCUGCAAGCAGGAGCUUCUUCCGGGUCUCCCACGAGUCGUGCACAGGAGACAAUGUCUGGAAGCUUCUACUUUGUCAUUGUUGGCCACCAUGAUAAUCCUGUUUUUGAAAUGGAGUUCUCACCAGCCGGGAAAGAGGAAUCCAGAGAUGAUCACCGCCAUCUGAACCAGUUCAUAGCGCAUGCGGCCCUGGACCUGGUGGAUGAGAGCAUGUGGCUGACCAACAGCAUGUACUUGAAAACUGUGGACAAGUUCAACAACUGGUUUGUGUCAGCGUUUGUCACUGCAGGGCAUAUGAGAUUUAUUAUGCUUCACGAUAUAAAGCAAGAAGAUGGAAUCAAGAACUUCUUUACUGAUGUCUAUGAUGUCUACAUGAAGUUUGCAAUGAACCCGUUUUAUGAACCCAAUUCUCCUAUUCGGUCAAGCGCAUUUGACAGGAAAGUUCAGUUUCUUGGGAAGAAACACCUUUUAAGCUGAAUGCAGAAGAAUCCUGAAACAAACUAUAUUACCGCAAUGGGGUAUACUCAGAAGUGUGUAUAUUGUAAGAAACUUGAAUAAAUAGCCUGGAGAACUUCAGUUUGUAGUCUGUUUAUUUAAGCAUAAUGUAAUGGAAUUCCUUCCAUAAUUAAAAAUAGUACAUUCUGUUUCAUGUCACUUAUCCACUUACUAUAUAUGUCGUAUGGGCCCAUGAAUAAAAUUAUAUCAAAGAACUCUUUAUUA